AUGAAGGGGUCAGAGAUAAAAGCUUAUACUGCUAGAUUUAAUGAUCUUGCUGUAAUGUGUCCAGCACUUGUAACCCCUAAAUAUAAAAAGAUUGAGCGAUACAUCUGGGGUUUGGCAUCGCAAAUCAAAGGCAUAGUGAUUGCAUCAAAGCCUACGACUUAUGACAGCACCAAGAGGAUAGCUCAUCAGCUAACCCUCACAGAGAUCCAAGGAACAGAAGUGGUCUCAAAGGCUGAAUCUCCCAAAUCUAGAACAAACAAGCGCAAGUUUAAUAGGAAGAAUCCCAAACAAUCAUCUGAGAAAAGACAAGAAGUGGAAACCAACUAUGCAGCCACAAAAGCAGUACCUACUCAACCAAAAUCUUCAUGGUGCAAUCAGUGCAACCGUCAUCAUCCAGGUGACUGUUUUGUCUGCAUGAAGUGCAAGAAAAAGGGGCAUACUGCUAGUUACUGCAGGAGCACAACACCUGCAACAGUCGAUCAACAAACCAAUAAUGGGACAGGCCUUGGUGAAGGAAGAAAAUGCUAUGAGUGUGGGGAGAUUGGACAUAUCAAGAAAGAAUGUCCAAAGUUAAGGAGUCAAGGAGGCAUAGGGCGUGGCAUGGCGUUUGUGAUUGGAAGCAGAGAUCUAGGACCCUUCGGUCGUAUCUGGUAUGUUUCUUAUAGCUAA